CACAGUUUUGACAACAGCCUAACUUAGCCCUGAGGUGGUUUAUAGAUAGAUAGAUUUAUAAUUAUGCCUAUUAAUUCAGUAGUAACAGUCAAGUAUGGUCCGUAUGAGUCGUGUGGUAUUGUCGAGCACAGAACAUUUCGCCUGGACGGUUUACAAGCGGUCCUAAAAGACGACGGCCACCAGUGUGUCCUCGAGAAAACAGAUGAAUGGAAUAUAGUCGAGCUCAUUGUGAAUGGAGAGUGCGUCUACACAUGCAACAUUACUGACCUUGAGUUUGGGGGUGAUGGACGACUUGAUCCGCGGUGCCAGGAGGCCAUUGACGCGGUGAGGGACGCGUACUGAACGCUAUGUGUAUGACCGUGUUCGCAAUGGAACACUAGCACACAACGUACAGAAUACUACGCAGUAUAACGUCUACUGUUUUAUUUGGGGGGAAAAGGGACAAUGAGUGGAACAAAAGUAGCUACACUAUUCUUUAAAUUUAAGUGAACCGGGUGGAAGUUAUUCCAUUAUAAAUGGUAAACAAACAUAGUUCGCUACAUAGUCACACAAACUCACUAUUUUUGUUGUUGUUGUUUAAUCACAAUACAUGCUGAAUUCAGGAGAGUCUAGCUAACAUGGAAAC